AUGUAUUACAAAAGAUCAUCUUAUUUUCCCAGCAUUUUGCUUUCGAUAAAUGACUCAGUUCGGUUACUUGUGGAACUCAAAGAUGAUGUUACUCACCCCCUAAACAGAGCCAUUAUGUUGAGCCCUAGGUUUCACCUCCCUUCCCCCACUUUAUAUAAACAAAACUUGAGAUUAAUUAGUUCAUGUAAUGGGUUCAUUUGUUUAUUUAAUGGUUGGAGGAAUACCGUAGAGCAUUCAGUUUACAUUAGCAAUCCUCUUUUGGGUGAAUAUUUUGAGGUUAAAUUGCCCGAAUGGGAGAAAAGAAUUCAGCGCGUUGCAUAUGCAUUCUGCUUUAGUGAAACCUCUGGACAGUAUAAAGUAUUGAAAUCAGUAGUUAGUAAGCUUGAGGGAUGUCCACAUGUAUCAGAGUUGGAGGUUUAUACUAUUGGAGUUGAUGAGAAAUGGAGAAAUGUGGGUGAGGUUCCAGAACCUCUAUGCAGAUCAUUUUGUAAGGCUAACGUCAAUGGUAUUGUUCAUUGGAUGAAUUCAGAAAAAAAUGACAGCAUUUACUCCUUUAACAGUUGGACAGAAGAGGUGAAGUCCGUGUUAGCUCCGCGUGGUCUGGAAACUUCAUCCUCCUGCUUGACACUAGUAGAGUUGGGGAAUUGUCUAUGUUUGUGUGAUACUAACGAUUGUGAGUAUGUUGAUAUAUGGUGGAUGAAAGAGUAUGGAAUAGCUGAAUCUUGA